ACACAAUCACGUUUGAGGAGCAACACACUUGCCAUUUCGUUUUCUUAGCUGUUAUUUUUAACAAACCAAGCUGAGUGCCUUUUUUAGUUUAUGCUAACACUUCUAAUUUGUAUUGUUUACUUUUGCGAUCAAUUGCAGAAACCACAUAGAAAAGAUAAAAAAGACUUGUGAUUUCUCACGAGUCAAAGUCUGCGUUUUCAACAAUUUUUUUAAAGGAAAAAUGAAGUCCCUUAGUUAGGUGAGUGUCAUAAAUAUAUUAGCAUAUAUUUAACUUAUGAGUUAGUACAAAUUUGACUCUAAGAAAAGAACUUCCAUCAUAGUUUUUGCAAAAUAGGCCUUACAUGUUAAAUUUGGCUUUAAAUAUGAGCUUCUAACUCUGUUGGCAGUAGAAGCUGAGAAAGAAAGGAGUUAGGGGUGAUGAUGUGGAGAGAGAUAGCAGUGACGGUGUUGGUGUUUCUACUGCACCAAAUAGACGGAGAAGAUGGUUGCUCCCCCUGUGGCAAAAUCACCAACAUAUCUUCAUGUGGGAAAAUCAGGAACAUAUCUUAUCCAUUCCGAUUGAAAGGAGAUCCAGAAGGGUGCGGUCUGUUUGAGCUAUCUUGUGAAAACAAUAUAACGCUCUUAUCUUUGUUCUCUGGAAGAUUUAAUGUGGAGGCCAUCAACUACAAUAAUUUUACAAUCAGACUGGUGGAUCCUGGACUUCAACAAACAAACUGCUCCUCCCUUCCUCGAUAUUCCUUGUCUUGGUACAAUUUCUCUGAUUAUUCUUACCCCAACAUCCUGGGGUAUACGUAUUAUUUUCCGGUCGAACAUAUAGUGUUUUUGAGUUGUAACCAUGGAGUGAGUGGGAACCGAAAGUACGUGGAUACUGGUGGAUGCCUGAAUUGGGACUCCAAAAGUUACACAUACGCUAUGGCUGGUCACCUAUUAGCAGAGGACUUAGAAGUUGGUUGUGAUGUAAAGCUGGUUGCUCCCACAUCGUGGUGGGAUUUCGACAAAAAUAAUUAUUCCUACGCCAUGAUGCACACAGCGCUACUCUAUGGAUUUCAGCUUUCGUGGCCUGAUGGGGGAUUUUAUGAGAAUAGAUGCUGCUAUUUCAAUUCUUCCGAUGACAUGCUUGUAUGCGAAAAGAUGAGACCUUCGAGGCUGGUGGAAUCUUUAGAGGCGGCUAUUUUUAGUAUCCUAAAAGGAUUGGCUAAGGUAAUAUUUAGACCAAAUCAAUAUGUUUUUAUUAAUUUAGAUGAAGACUAUGAUGAAAAUCGGUAUGAACCAGGAUUUGUUAGCUUGGGACACUAUGUUAUACCAUACUUCAUAGUUAGAUAUUUUGGUGGCAUGAUAUUGUUUAUUGUUCUUUUGGUAUACAAAUGGAGAAGAAGACAUUUGUCUCUAUAUGAAAAUAUCGAAAAUUAUUUAGAGCAAAAUAGCUUAAUUCCUAUUCGAUACUCAUAUAAGGAGAUUAAGAAGAUGACCAGAGGUUUCAAUGAAAAAUUGGGAGAAGGAGGUUAUGGAUCUGUAUUUAAGGGAAAGUUGCGUAGUGGACCUUGGGUUGCCAUAAAAGUGUUACGAAAAUCAAAAGGUAAUGGACAAGACUUUAUCAAUGAAGUUGCAACAAUUGGAAGAAUACAUCAUCAAAAUGUAGUGCAUUUAAUUGGAUAUUGUGCUGAGGGCUCAAAACGUGCCCUUGUUUAUGAGUUCAUGCCCAAUGGAUCUCUUGACAAAUUUAUAUUUUCUAAAGAAGGAAAUAUACAUUUAACCUAUGACACAAUACAUGAUAUAGCAAUUGGAGUAGCACAAGGAAUUUCAUAUCUACAUCAUGGAUGUGAGAUGCAAAUUUUGCAUUUUGACAUCAAGCCCCACAACAUUCUACUUGAUGCAAAAUUUACCCCAAAGAUUUCUGACUUUGGAUUGGCAAAACUAUAUUCAACAGACAAAAGUGUUAUGACUAUGACAGCAGCAAGAGGAACAAUCGGGUACAUGGCUCCAGAAUUAUUUUAUAAAAACAUUGGAAGAAUAUCACAUAAGUCUGAUGUUUAUAGCUUUGGAAUGUUUCUAAUGGAGAUAGCAAGUAGGAGGAAAAACCUAAACCCCAAUGUAGAGCAUUCAAGUCAACUUUACUUUCCCUUUUGGAUUUAUGAACAACUUGACAAAGGGAAAGAUAUUGAAAUGGAAGAUGCCAUAGAUGAUGAGAACAAAAUAGCAAAAAAGAUGAUCAUAGUUUCACUUUGGUGCAUACAAUUGAAACCAAAUGAUCGUCCUUCCAUGAAUAAAGUAGUGGAAAUGCUUGAAGAGGACAUUGAAAACUUGAAAAUACCUCCAAAACCUUCUCUAUAUCCUCAUGAAUCAUUGGAAGAUGGUCAAAGAACAAGCUUUAACCAAACAACAGUUUCUGACUUUGUUAGUUCUUCAAGUUUCCAUGGAGACCGUGACUAAUACUCCACUAAAUGAAAGUUUUUGAUAAUGUAUAUUAAUUAUUUAUUUGCAU